AUGAGAUACGCUCACGACGACUUGCUUAUGAACUCACAAGCUACUUCGCCGAUACGGGAAAAUGUGGAUUAUAUGUCUCCAUGCGAACCUCACUUGGAGAAUGAUUUAAACUUAUACAUGUGUUGGAAGCUGCAUUCUGUGGAUGAUUCAUGCUAUCAAGAUCAACGUUUAGCCAACAUUAGUUGGAGAAGAUGGUCUAAGAACUUGUAUCAUUUAAAGUGUUUGCAUCCAUAUGAAAUCAACUGGUUUAAAGAAUAUGAUAUCACAUGGUUGUACGGACCAAAGUUUACGCAUCCAUAUUACGAGUCAGAUUUCUUUACAUCUUCAUCACAUCCAAAGAACACCAAUGAUAAUAACUACACCACAACCGUUCGUCCUAUAAAUAUCCCUAAAAGAGAAAGUGUUUCAAGCGAAUCAUCCGUGUUUUCGUAUCUGUCUUCGUGUUCCUCGUCUUCAAGUUUAGAUUGCUAUCGUAAACCGAAUUUGAAAAAGGAAUCCAAUUCACCAUUUGCGGCUCAAUGUGGCGAUACGCCACGGAAGAAGAAGAAGGUGAGCUUUAACUACAUCAUCAACUCCCGCGAGAUCAUCAAUGGCAUAUCAGUCGACUAUGACUUCCUUGAUGAGAAAGUCAUGGCCUAA